GAGUAGGCUCGCAUGACUCGACUUGUCAAAAUCCAAAAUUGUCAGUGCAAUAUUUUUACUCAUCCAUAAAUUCCCCGUUGAAAUGGCUCUAAUACCACAAACUAGACACCUGAAUCCAGUUUCCGUGAAGCACUUGGCAUGUGCUAUCCCUAGCACCAACGCCGUAAACUUGAAGAACCAAACUUGCCUCAAGCGGUGCCCGAAAAAGCCAGACUCAAAAAUACUGGAUGCUCUAAGGUGCAAAGUAGCUCUAGUCACCGGUGGCUCCAGAGGUGUAGGUUACCAGCUCGCUGAAAGCCUUUUGGAUGUCGGCACCAAAGCUGUCAUAUUUGGUGAUGCCAAAGACGACUGCAAAAAGGACAUACACAAACUGAACGAAAAAUACGGCGAGCCGAGAGCGUUCUUCCUCAAAUGCGAUCUAUCCAGAAAAUCCGACAUGGAAAAGCUUUUCAAAACGGCGAUGGAAAAGUUCAAGAAGAUCGACCUGGUGAUCAACAAUGCCGACUUAGACGGAGAAUGGGAGCAAACACUAUGCAACAACCUGCACGGCAUAGUCAGAGGUACUUUGCUUGGCUUCCAGCACAUGGGAACACAGACUGGAGGCAAAGGCGGUUAUAUCAUCAACGUAUCUUCGAUCUUGGGUCUUCAACCGUUCUUCGCUUCCCCUAUUUACUCUGGCACCAAGCAUUUCGGUAUAGGUUUCUCAAGAUCCAUGGGGCACGAGUAUUUCUACACCAGAUCCAAAGUAAAGGUCCUCACUUUAUGCCCUAGCUUAACAGAAUCUACUACGAAGAAAAAGAAUAGCAUUCCGGAAUUCAAGAAUCUUCUCAAGGAUUCAGUGUGGAAUAUCAGGAAUACCCCGUCUCAGGAGCCUGGAGAAAUUGGUAAAGGACUACUGACCAUGCUCGAAGAUGCAGAAAAUGGAAGCGUGUGGGUGUCAGAAGGAAAUGAGUUUUAUAAAGCGACGAUGCCUGAUAGACGUUGCAUGAAAGCGGAUGGUUCCAAAGGAGAUGAUGGUUGCGGAAAGGAGAAUCCUUGUAAGAUUAAAGUUCCCAAGAAGAAGAAGGACAAGUGCGAACCAUUGAAGAAGCAUGACCCUUGCCAUAAAGAUAAUCCAUGCAGGAAACCAAAUAAUACUUGCAAGUAGUCGAUUUAUUCUGAAGUAAUUGUAUAUUAAGUAUGAGACUGUAAAUGUUUUGUGUGUCUUCGAUUACUAAUAAAAUAUCUACAUUGUGUACUGUU